GUGAUGCGCGUCCCCGACGUGUGGAAGGAAGGCGGUGCGUCUUUUCCCUCCCUCCUAUUCCGAGGAUCACCAGUAUUACAGGCGGGCUUUUGUAGUUGUUUUUGAACUAUUAUACUUGUAAAAAUAACUGUUAGCGCCAUUGCAGUUCACAUAUAUAUAUCCGAAUUCUAAUAACGGACAUCCGUAAACCGAUUUACAGUAGAACGAGGGCCUGCUUCCUCUCAGCAGUAGAGGCCAUCAUGAAGCUGACGGACAAUGUGCUGCGGAGCUUCAGGGUGGCUAAGGUGUUCCGAGAAAACUCAGACAAAAUUAAUUGUUUUGACUUCAGUUCAAACGGAGAAACGAUUAUUUCCAGCAGCGACGACGAUUCCCUAGUCUUGUACGACUGUCAAGAGGGAAAACCCAAGAGGACCCUCUACAGCAAAAAAUAUGGAGUGGAUUUGAUCAGAUACACACAUGCUGCAAACACUGUGGUCUACAGUUCCAACAAAAUCGAUGAUACAAUCCGGUAUCUGUCCCUUCAUGACAACAAAUACAUCCGCUACUUUCCUGGGCAUAACAAAAGAGUGACCUCGCUCUCCAUGUCUCCUGUGGACGACACAUUUAUUUCUGGUUCGUUAGAUAAAACAAUCAGACUGUGGGAUUUGCGGUCACCUAACUGCCAGGGCCUGAUGCACCUCCAGGGGAAGCCAGUGUGCUCGUUUGAUCCAGAGGGUCUUAUUUUUGCUGCCGGAAUAAAUUCAGAGAUGGUUAAACUUUAUGAUCUGCGGUCGUUUGACAAGGGUCCUUUUGCAACCUUCAAGCUUCAGUAUGAUCGAACGUGCGAGUGGACGGGACUCAAAUUUAGCAAUGACGGGAAACUCAUUCUUCUUUCUACAAAUGGUGGAGCUCUUCGUGUCUUAGAUGCUUUUAAGGGUGCUAUUAUACAUUCCUUUGGGGGCUACAACAACAGUAAAUGUGUAGCACUGGAGGCAUCGUUCACGCCGGAUUCUCAGUUUGUAAUGAUUGGCUCUGAGGACGGAAAGAUCCACGUGUGGAAUGCAGAGAGCGGCAUGAAGGUGGCUUUAUUAGACGGGAAGCACACGGGACCCAUCACCUGCCUGCAGUUCAACCCAAAGUUCAUGACGUUUGCAAGUGCCUGCUCCAACAUGGCAUUCUGGCUCCCGACCAUCGAUGACUGAUGAAGGCAAAGUGAAGGCUUCUGUUGGAGGCCAGAGACAGAGCGAGCAGCAGGGGUCAGCACAACCAGCACGGUGUACAUUUCACAGGAAGUGCUGUCUGUUCAAUACAAUUUGUAAAUAAGUUCACAGAAAUAGAUCAAUUGUCUAUUCUUUUUUUAUAUUUUAUAUUUAACAUUAAACUGUUUCUUUGUACGAUUUUGAGUUUGUCUUUUUCAUUACUGUGGUGUGUGUGUUACACAGGUCAGAGAGAGUCCAGUGUUGCCAGAAGUAAUUGAUCUUAUUGAGCCACUGACUCAAAGAAAAGAAAAUGUAAUUGAAUAUGUUUUGUAUUUUUGUCCUGAUUCACUUUGGUAUCGGUUUAGAUAGUCAGAUUAAAGAAAAUGGUUGACACAUGAAGAGGAAAUAGUGAACUACUAUAAAUGUCAAUGCUAUUUAAAUUACAAUCUUACAACACUUUUGAAAAGUACAAAUGAUGUUUUUUCUUUUGUAAAAUAUUUAUUCAAGCAUUAAAUCUGUUUGUUUGAUAAGUCUUA